AUGACGCUGUCUUCAGUCGUCCUCGUGCUCCUGCAGGUCUACAGCCUUCACCGGAUGGCGGUGGCCAAGCCGACCUGUUUGCUGGAAGGAAACAUGGUCCAGUCGGCCCACCACCUUCUCAGAGACCUGGGUGGUCCGUUUCCAAUCCUCUGCCUGCCAUACCGUGCCAACAUCUCCUUUCCAGACUCCGCCUUCCCUACUGCAAAAGCCAAUCACAUUCAGUGCCGCCGAGCAUUAAGGGUAGUGUAUGAGUCACUGCAAGGAGCGGAACAGGUGUUUGAGGACCAUGGGUUACCUGUCGGAGGGGGCGGAGUCACCUGGGACCGCGAGAAGCUCAACCGAUUCCGACACCUGCAGCACCGACUGCUGGAGAAGGGAAGCUGUUUGUCCAGUGUUGAUUCAGGUGUUUUACCUUCUUACUUCAGUAAUGUGACAGCAGUUCUGCAGCAGCAGGACAGCGCAUCCUGUGGUUGGAUGUCUCUGAAGAGAGAUCUGCUCCGGGUCCUAGAGUCCACCCUUCACCAUCAGCCCUCUUGUUUCACCUGGAGACAUGCCCACUGA